GCCAGCAGACACAAACCUCUACAGACACUUCUAGCACAGACACUGAAUCCACAACGACAGUUUACUCAACAUUUACAACAGCAAUGUCCCCUAUGAGCACAACCACUUUAGAAUCAUCUACAGGUGAAAGUGGUUCAACACUGGAAACUACAAUAUCCACAACAGGUACCUCUCCAUCUUCUACAACAGAAAGUACAUCAGAACUGACUUCAUCUACAACAGAAAUAUCUUCAGCUACAGUAGAACAAACAACAAGCCAGCUGACACAAACCUCUACAGAUACUUCCAGCACAGAAACUGAAUUUACAACGACAGUUUACUCAACAUUUACAACAUCUAUGUCCCCUAUGAGCACAACCACAAUAGAAUCAUCUACAGGUGAAAGUGGUUCAACACUGGAAACUACAAUAUCCACAACAGGUACCUCUCCAUCUUCACCAUCUUCUACAACAGAAAGUACAUCAGAAUUGACUUCAUCUUCAACAGAAAUAUCUUCAGCUAGUGUAGGACAAUCAACAAGCCAGCUGACACAAACCUCUCCAGAUACUUCUAGCAGAGAAACUGAAUCAACAACAACAGUUUACUCAACAUUUACAACAUCUAUGUCCCCUAUGAGCACAACCACAAUAGAAUCAUCUACAGGUGAAAGUGGUUCAACACUGGAAACUACAAUAUCCACAACAGGUACCUCUCCAUCUUCACCAUCUUCUACAACAGAAAGUACAUCAGAAUUGACUUCAUCUUCAACAGAAAUAUCUUCAGCUACAGUAGAACAAACAACAAGCCAGCAGACACAAACCUCUCCAGAUACUUCUAGCAGAGAAACUGAAUCAACAACGACAGUUUACUCGACAUUUACAACAUCUAUGUCCCCUAUGAGCACAACCACUUUAGAAUCAUCUACAGGUGAAAGUGGUUCAACACUGGAAACUACAAUAUCCACAACAGGUACCUCUCCAUCUUCACCGUCUUCUACAACAGAAAGUACAUCAGAAUUGACUUCAUCUUCAACAGAAAUAUCUUCAGCUACAGUAGAACAAACAACAAGCCAGCUGACACAAACCUCUACAGAUACUUCUAGCACAGAAACUGAAUCCACAACGACAGUUUACUCAACAUUUACAACAGCAAUGUCCCCUAUGAGCACAACCACUUUA